AAGAACCCAAGCCCUGUGGAUAUCAAGGGACGCCCCUGAGCGGAGAACAUUUAGCUCCAUGGCAUGAACGUGCAAGCUACGCAGUGGAGAUCCACCUGCCCAGUGCGUAGUGUUCGUUAAUUACUUAUUUAAUCCUCUUUGUCCUCCAUGUUCUCUCUUCCUGGGGGUUCAACUUGUGCUUUUCUAAACGCCUCACGACUCAAAGCUUCAAUCAUGUCGAGUGACUACAAGCUCUAUGACUAUGAGCCCUCUGUCGGCGCAGCUAUUAUCUCUGCCGGGCUGUUCGCUGCAACCUCCCUAGUGCAUCUUUUCCAAUUGAUCCGGAGGCGAACAUGGUGUUUUGUACCAUUCGUUAUUGGUGGCUUCUUUGAAACCUUUGGAUACAUCGCACGAUACUUCAGCGCCAGAGAGACCCCCGAUUGGACCGUGAAACCCUACGUCGGACAAGAACUGCUUCUCCUUCUAGCCCCCGCCCUAUUCUCCGCCUCCAUCUACAUGAUCCUAGGCCGAAUCAUCCGCCUCCUCGACGGCGGUGCACACUCUUUGAUCCGGCCAUCAUGGCUGACCAAGAUAUUCGUGACCGGCGACGUGCUCUCAUUCUUCAUCCAAAGUGGCGGCGGCGGAAUGAUGGCCUCUGCCAAAACCCCCAGCAAGAUCUCCUUGGGCAAUAACAUCAUUGUGGUCGGUCUUAUUGUUCAGUUGGUAUUUUUCGGCUUCUUCAUCAUCGUCACUGUGGUCUUUCAUCGCCGUAUGGCUGCUUCGCCCACUGAAGUAUCUCUGACUUUCACACCACCGUGGCACACCUAUAUGUCCAUUUUGUACACGGCUAGUGUUCUGAUCAUAAUACGGUCCAUCUAUCGUGUGGUGGAAUAUGUGCAGGGCUCGGAGGGCGUUUUGAAACAGAGUGAGAUGUUCCUGUAUAUUUUUGAUGCCCUGUUGAUGUUCUUGUGUUGUGUUUUGUUCAAUGUCAUGCAUCCGAGUCGUAUUCUCUCGGCUCGUCCAAAGUCUUAUGACAAGAUGAUGGACAUGGAGGAGGAUCAGGUGGAGAUGCUGCGCCCGGAGGCGAUGAAAAAUUUCUGACUGUUUUUCUGCUUUAUCGAUUUACAAUUUUAUUCUCGUUCUUCUCCCCUGAGUUUCAACGUACUCAUUGGUUGUCAUAUCAUGCAUACUGCAUCAUUCAGUCUUCCCCUAUUAGCCCUAUUUUCUCUUAAGUAGCACCCAGGGUUCAACUCUCAUAUUUCACCGCUUUGUCCCAA